UCUCUCUCUCUCUCCGCUGUCUCUGCUUUCAUCGCCUCAUCUCUCUUUACUCUUUCCUGAGUUUUGGUUUCUACGGAAAACCCAUUUCCACAAAUCUUGAAAAGAAUGCAUUUUUUCGUGUGGGAUAGAGUAACAGCGAUGCUGGUUUAUGGAUCUUUAAGGAUGUAAUGCUCUUUCUGAAAGUCUAAGGGUAAGUGACAUUGCACUUUCCGUUGCGGAAGAAGAGAGAAAGGGGUCUGCUUGGCAUUUUCGUCUGAGAUUUAACAUCAAUGAAACCUGAAUUUCCUGUCCAAUGAUGAUGCAUGUCGAUACUUAAAAGUUUCUCCAUCAAGAAAGGGUUUUAGCUUUCUGCUGUUUUGUGCCUUUUGUGGUGCCUGGUAAUCGAAGGGUAUGAAGCAGAACCAUCAACCCACCCAACAUUUGUGUUGUUUUUUGAGGUUGCACCAAGAAUAAAAAAGGACCAGCAUUGAUUUCAACCAAGUCCUUUGAAGUCUAGGAUGGGAUUUCUCUGUCUCACAGCUAGAAUUUUUCUCAUCUGGAUUUCCAAGGUCAGCCAGUGGAAAUGGAGUUUCCUUGCACAAUUCAUGCUUAUCACAAAUCUGUGUUGGCAAGCUUCAGGCCUUGGCUCAAUGUCUUCCAUUGCUAUUUCCUAUGGGGAGAGUGGCCCUGUUUUCUGUGGUCUGAAAUCUGAUGGGUCUCAUCUCGCGGUUUGCUACGGAGCCAACUCUGCAAUUCUCUAUGGAACUCCAACUCAUUUAGAGUUCCUUGGCUUAACAGGUGGUGAUGGGUUUAUGUGUGGGCUUUUGAUGAGAUCUAUCCAGCCAUAUUGCUGGGGAAACAGUGGCUACAUUCAAAUGGGAGUUCCUCAGCCGAUGACCAAAGGAGCAGAGUACUCUGAAAUCAGUGCUGGUGAUUACCAUCUUUGUGGUUUGAGGAAGCAACUGAUGGGUAGACAAAAGAAGGAAAACUCCAUUGUUGAUUGUUGGGGAUACAACAUGACCAGAAGCUUUGUCUUUAACAAGCAGAUACAAUCACUCUCUGCUGGUUCUGAGUUCAACUGUGGCUUGUCCUCUAAGGACAAAUCUGUUUUCUGCUGGGGUGAUGAAACCAGCAGUCAGGUCAUCAGUUUAAUCCCCAAGGGACAAAGGUUUCAGAAGAUUGCCGCUGGUGGGUACCAUAUCUGUGGCAUUCUUGAAGGGUCGAAUUCUAGAGUGCUCUGUUGGGGAAGGAGCUUGGAUUUCCAAGAGACCUCCACCGGAGAACGAGCUCUCAAUUCAAUUCCAAAGGAGCCAUUGGUGACAGUGGUUGGAGGAAGGUUCCAUGCUUGUGGAAUCAAAAGCAACGAUCAUAGUGUGGUUUGUUGGGGUUAUGCCGUGAACCCGAGUACCCCAGCCCCAACAGGGAUCAAGUUCUAUGAACUUUCAGCGGGUAAUUACUUCACUUGCGGAGUUGUUGCUGGGAAUUCCACAUCGCCUAUCUGUUGGGGGCUCGGGUUUCCAAACACACUCCCUUUAGCCGUCUCACCAGGACUAUGCAGAGUCACUCCCUGCCCACCAGGUACCUAUGAGUUUGUUAACCAAGAGAACUCACCUUGCAAGUUAUCUGGUUCCCACAUUUGCUUGCCCUGCAAGACCAGUUGCCCUCCUCAAAUGUAUCAGAAAAGCCAAUGCUCACAGAGUUCUGACAUGCUGUGUGGUUAUAACUGUUCGAGUUGCUUCUCACCCGAGUGCUACUCAAACUGUUCUGCAUCUAACGGUUGGAAGGCAGGAGGAGGAAGUUUUUGGUCGCUUCAGUUACCUGUUAUAGUUGCAGAGAUCGGCUUUGCUUUGUUUGUGAUAGCCCUUGUCUCCAUAACAGCAGUUUUAUAUGUACGGUUCAGAUUGAGACACUGUAGGUGCUCAGGAAAGGAUUCGAAAUCUGUGAAAGAUUCAGCUUUUAUGAAGGAGUACGGGAGAAUCUGUCCGGAUCUGGAUGAGCUUAAGAUCAGGAGGGCUCGUGUCUUCACAUACGACGAACUUGAGAAGGCUGCUGGUGGCUUCAAAGAAGAAUCAAUGGUGGGUAAAGGGAGCUUCUCCUGUGUGUACAAAGGGAUACUGAGGGAUGGAACCACUGUCGCAGUCAAAAAGGCCAUAAUGACGUCUGAUAAACAGAAGAAAUCAAAGGAAUUCCACACGGAGCUUGAUCUUCUUUCUAGACUAAACCAUGCCCAUCUUCUUAGCCUUCUUGGAUACUGCGAGGAAGGAGGGGAAAGGCUUCUGGUUUACGAGUUCAUGGCACAUGGCUCACUGUACAAUCAUCUCCAUGGAAAGAACAAGGCCUUGAAGGAGCAACUGGAUUGGGUCAAGAGAGUGACCAUAGCUGUCCAAGCAGCCAGAGGCAUCGAGUACCUGCACGGUUACGCUUGCCCUCCCGUGAUUCACCGGGAUAUCAAAUCAUCAAACAUUCUCAUAGACGAGGAACACAAUGCUCGGGUGGCUGAUUUCGGUCUCUCUCUACUAGGCCCUGCAGAUAGCAGCGCUCCCCUAGCAGAACUUCCUGCAGGCACUCUCGGCUACCUCGACCCUGAGUACUACAGACUGCAUUACCUCACAACCAAAUCCGACGUCUACAGCUUCGGGGUCCUACUCCUCGAGAUCCUAAGUGGUAGGAAAGCCAUAGAUAUGCAGUAUGAAGAAGGGAACAUAGUCGAAUGGGCAGUCCCUCUGAUCAAAGCAGGAGAUAUAGCAGCGAUCUUGGACCCGGUCCUGAAACCUCCACCAGACAUGGAAUCUCUGCGGAGAAUAGCGAGUGCGGCAUACAAAUGCGUGAGGAUGAGAGGGAGAGACAGGCCAUCAAUGGACAAAGUAACAACAGCGCUUGAACGUGGGCUGGCUCAGCUAAUGGGGAGUCCGUGCAGCGAGCAGCCGAUAUUACCAACAGAGGUGGUGCUAGGGAGCAGCAGAAUGCACAAGAAGUCAUGGAGGUCGGCAUCUGAGAACACCAUGGAAGGGGGGGAGGAGCAGAGGACAGAGUUCAGAGGAGGGUCGUGGAUAACGUUUCCAAGCGUGACGUCGUCACAGAGGAGGAAGUCAUCGGCGUCGGAAGGGGAUGUGGCUGAGGAUGGUGGGAGGAACCAAGAAGGGCUGAGGAGCUUAGAUGAGGAGAUAGGACCUGCCUCCCCGCAGCAGAGCUUGUUCUUGCACCAUAAUUUCUGACAAUAAAAGUUGCUCCCAGUUUAACAUGACAUCAUCAUAUAUGAUUUUUAUUUAAUGACGAAAAGAGUGUUGGAAGUAAAAAGAAAUGUAAAGGGAACGAUGAUUGA